AUGACAAUUACAUUCUUCAACAAGUAUUUCCCACACCAUAAGACUAAUAAUUUGAAACGACAGAUCUCGAAUUUCGCUCAGAAGAAAAAUAAAACUCUCUAUCAAGCUUGGGAGCAUUUUAAAGAUCUGUUAAAUCUAUGUCCCCACCAUGGGUAUGAAAGUUGGCGCCUCAUAAGCUAUUUCUACGAUGGACUCACAAUCCGAGAGCGCCAAUUUGUUGAGAUGAUAUGCAAUGGAGAUUUUCUCCAAAAGGAUCCUGACGAAGCUAUCGAGUACCUGAAUGAGUUAACUGAGAAAGCUCAUACUUGGACUGGACCGAGUGCUACUGAGAGCACCAGUAGGUCCCGACCAGUUGGAGUUUAUCAAUUAAGAGAAGAGGACAGCCUCAAGGCCCAAGUUGAAGCUUUGAUGAAGCAAAUUGAGGCCCUCAAAAGUAAAGAUAGUAAAGGACCCCACAUGGUGGCAAGGACAGAGGCACAUGAGCCCUGUUUCGUUUGUGGUGGAAUGAGCCAUCUGGCUCAAGAUUGUCUCACUUUUGGUGGAAUGAUAGGGGUAUAUGAGGAGCAGUGCAAUGUAUUGGGCACAUACAAUAAGCCUUAUGGACCUUUCUCAAACACUUAUAAUGAUAGUUGGAAACACCACCCAAACUUCAGUUGGAGAGACCCAAACCAACAUGCACAAUCAUCGGGAGGGCAAUGGAAAUCAGAGCAAAAAUCUCAACCACGAAGGACAUAUUUUGCGCCUCAGAAUAACAUACAUCCAAAAGGAAAUUCCCUAGAGGAUACCCUAAAAGUUUUUAUGGAUGCGCAAAAUAAGACGAAUCAAAGAGUUGAUUCAAUGCUCACGCAGCUGGUGGAAGAAAACAAGGAAAUAAAAAGUCAGAUCACAAAGCUGGCAGAAGCUUUAAUCGUUCAAGAGCGCGGUAAAUUUCCAUCACAAGCCCAGUCCAAUCUGAGAGGACAACACAUGGCUCAAACUUCCAACUCUGAAGGUCAAAAUAUCAAGGAAGUUAAUGCCAUAUCUACUCGAAGUUGUAAGAAUUUUGACAUGCCAUUCGGCUUAGGAGAAAGAAAAGCCAACAAAAAUUCUGGUAAAGAAAAUCAGAGUGAGAUCCUGGAGCACUUGACACAAUUGAAGAUCAAUCUUCCCUUACUAUAUGUGAUCAAGCAAGUGCUGGCCUACGCCAAGGUUAUCAAGGAUCUAUGCACCAUAAAGAGGAAGCACCAUGUCAAGAAAACUGCAUUCUUGACAGAACAAGUAAGUGCGGUGAUUGAGCAGAAGACACCGCCGAAGUAUAAGGAUCCAGGUUGUCUCACCAUUUCUUGCCAGAUUGGGACACAUGAAUUCGGUCAAGCGUUACUAGACUUAGGAUCGAGCGUUAACCUCAUGCCUUAUUCGGUCUACUCGUAA